AAGAGUCAGUGCUCUGGCGCCUUAUAAUCUCAAAUAAUAAUAUAUGUUAUCUGGAAACGUUUCUUAAUUGAAGGUCUUAUCAUCCGCAUUUGCUGGCAAAUUUAGAAUCGCGAAUUAAUUUAAACUGCCCGCGAUAAAGGCCGAUGUAAACAGUUCCGCGAAAACUAUGAUAGCGAACGGACGGAGAGAACAGUUGGCCAGCGGGGUCCUGCUCAUCCUUGGUCUUUGCCAGGUGUCCGGCGUGGCCAUCGCCCUUCCGGAGGGGCGUGUCGUGGGCGGUACAGCGGCGGCAGCCAACAGCGCUCCCUACGCGGUGUCCAUGCAGUACGGAGGUACCCACUAUUGUGCAGCGAGCAUCCUGAAUGCCAACUGGCUGGUGACCGCCGCCCAUUGUCUGACCAACAGCAACCAGGUUCUGGGGAGCACUCUGGUGGCGGGAAGCAUUGCGGUGGCCGGAACAGCCAGCACCACGCAGACACGCAGCAUAACCUACUUUGUGAUCAACGACUUGUACACCGGCGGAACCGUUCCCUACGACAUCGGUUUGGUCUACACGCCCACCGCCUUCGUUUGGUCCGCCGCAGUGGCUCCUGUCACGCUGCCCACUUCGGGAGUGGUGCCCACCGGUACCGCCAAUCUCUACGGAUGGGGCAGCACCAGCACCACCAACACCGCCUCCUAUCCCUCCACCCUCCAGGUGGCAACCAAUGUGCCCAUCAUCUCGCUGGACUCCUGCGAGGCCGCCCUGGGAACCAAAGGCAGCGAUGUUCACUCGACCAAUUUGUGCACGGGUCCUCUGACCGGCGGCGUCAGCAUCUGCACCUCGGAUUCGGGAGGUCCUCUGGUCCAGGGCAAUGUCCUCAUCGGCAUCGUGUCCUGGGGAAAGCUUCCUUGCGGUCAGGCCAACUCGCCGUCGGUCUAUGUGCAAGUGUCCUCGUUCAUUUCCUGGAUAUCGUCCAACCAACAGGUGCCCUGAAGUUCCGAAGGGUUAAUAUUUUUUUCAAAAUAAAAGCAAUCGAAGUUGUGCCUUUAUAGGCAAGUGACUUAAA